AUGGGAAACGCAAUUUCCGAUAUGUUGAAGGAGGCGGAUGAGAAGAAGGAGACUGACGCCAAAGAAGAAUUAGAAAUUUUGCAAGAGAUGAUCAACGCAGUCCUAGACAGAUUUGAGAGUGAGAUCACAGAGAAAUUCUUGAAUGCAGAGCCUACAGCGAAGACUGAACCCGCAGAUGCAGUUGGUGGUGCUAUCGAUGCCAUUUUUGGAGCUGUCACGGGAGGCGGUACGAAAGAGAAACUGGCCAAUGGAUUCAAGAAGGUUGUAGGGACUGCACUGAACCAGUUCCUCAGCAAUACGGAGAUCGGCGUCACAGAUACAAAUAACUACUUCAUUUAUGUGCACCAUGACGCAAUCGUUCGCAUCGAUCUCAGAAUGUGGCGAUGGAAUUUUCCUAGUGGAGGCUUCAAGAUUGUUGAUAAAGGUGUCCUAGGAUACAUCUACUGUAUUUCAGUAGUUGAUGUUGGCGUUCUGAAGAUUCCAGAGUUUGUUUACCUCAUAAGUGAACACGCUGGAGACGAAGAGAACGAAGUCGAGCAUUACUGCGAGCAAAUGGGUAAGAUAUAUGCCGCCGCACGCAAAAAGAAACUGAGCGAAAAGGCCGCCAUCACGACGAAAUAG